AUGGAGAAGAUCUACUCUCUACAUAUCAAUUCAAAAGCACUGCCAAGCCUAAAAUCGCGAUUGAUUGUGGAUGCAGUUGAGAUAUGGAAAGACCUUGAUGAGUUGAAACCUCAACCUCCUCUUGAUAACGGAGAAUACUCUGAUUUACAUGCUUCUUGUGUCUCAGCACUGUAUGCAUGGCUAUACUUGGUCAUUCAUCCCAACGGAAUUCAGGACGCAAAACUCCAAUCUGUGGUUCGGGAUGGUCUGGCCAGCACCGAGCAUCUGGAUUCAUCGGUGGUUUCACCUUUUUUAUUCAUUCCUGCCUUUUGUCUUGGCUUGGCAGCCAUCAACCAGGACGAUAGAAGUUCCAUGAAUGAAAUAUUUGAAGAUAUUGGCAACAUUGCUGCUUUCAUUGACAUAAGUCCAUACCGAGGUAUCGUCGAACGAAGCUGGCGAAGAUGGGACAGGGGUGACAAAAGGAGCUGGGACUGGACUGACUAG